AUGGCGACUAUUGUUCCAACUCUCUUCUCGUUCGUUCGUGACACAUACAAGGGACGUUUCGAUGUGGACACAUUUGAAAAGGAAGUUGCCCGUGACUUUGACAAUCAAGAAAUCGCUCAAGCCAUCAGCAAGUACGAACAAGAAGCCAAGAAUUUGAGAAACAAAGAUGAAAUCCGCAAAGUUAUCCAGUACAUUGAUCUGACAACACUCAAUGGAGAUGACACUGCCAGCAAGGUAGUUGCAUUGGCUAAAAGAGCCAUCAAUCCAAUUCCAACUGAUCCCUCUAUUCAUUGCGGAUCCGUUUGUGUCUACCCACAGAGAAUUGCUGACGUGAAAAAGUUCUUGACUGAAACCAAACAAACCUGCCGUAUCACGGGAGUUGCCGGAGGUUUCCCUUCUGGACAAUAUCAUCUGAAAUCAAAGGUCCUCGAAUGUGAGCUCACCGUGGCUGACGGUGCCACUGAAAUCGAUAUCGUUAUCAGCAGAGCUUCCGCAUUAGAAGAAGAUUGGAAGACUGUUCAUGAUGAGGUGCUUGCUUGCAAGAAGGCUUGUGGAUCUGCCCACUUGAAAACAAUUUUGGCUACUGGAGAACUCAAAACUUUGAGCAACGUCUACAAGGCCAGCUGGGCGAGUAUGCUUGCCGGAUCGGACUUCAUCAAAACCUCAACCGGAAAAGAAUCAGUCAAUGCUACUUUGGAAGUUGCAUAUGUUAUGUGCACUGCAGUUAAGCGCUGGUAUGAAUUGACUGGACAAAAAGUUGGAUUCAAGCCAGCUGGAGGUAUCAGAACUGUUGAUGAAGCUCUUGCUUAUGUUGCACUUGUGAAAGAUAUUCUCGGCGAGCAGUGGCUGAACCCAACUCUUUUCCGCAUCGGUGCCAGCAGCCUUCUCGACGACUGUCUCAAUGCACUCUAA